CCUUACCUGAAAUCGGGUUUCUCUGAAUCCUGUGGUUGAGCUACGACUCCAAAAAAUGCCAAGACGUGACAGUUCCCUUAUUGGUUCGUGUGGAAAUGCUACAACUCCAACUAAUCGGUUUGUGUGGAAAUGAAUGGUAUCGGAGACCCACAAGAUCCAUCUGGUCUAUGAAGCCCCCUGAUGUCAAGCAGGAAACGAGAGGCGUUUGCAACAGGACAAGCAACCAUGUGACUCCACACGCUCCCUACACCUUGCGGUCUUUUAUUUUCCUGUUGUUGUGUACCACGGCGGACGGGGACAUGGUGUACACCUACGAGUGACGUGGAUUAUUAUUACACGCUACUGCACAUGUGCAGAAUGAUUCAGGAAGACGCUAAACAUGUUUGGAGAAAUACGAAGCAGAAUCGCCGUCUCGAAGUGAAGCUUGAGAGUGACUCUUUUCAUCACAAAGACGUGACCGGUCCAGGGUGGACUCCGCCUUUCGCCCAUGCAGAGUCCAGCUCACCCGAGAUCCCGAAGAGGAUAAGCGGCAAGUGGACUCAUGGUAAUGGUGGGUUGACUCCACGCCGAUUCCCCAAAGACACGUUAUAGGAGUAAAGCAGUCUCUUUCCUUCAACAAGAUUGAGAGGGAAGGAUGGAGGGGGGGGGGGAUGAGGAGGAGAAGAUUGUGUAAACGCCGUGUGAUUUAUCCCAACUCCUCUUCUCCUCCUCCUCGUGAUGGAGCUUUAGCGCAGCGAGGAGAGACCCACCAAGAGUCCGUGCGUCCGUCCAUUCUUCUUUUCCUGCCUUCGUUCCAGCUGCCACCGUCUCUGCAGAGCGCGCGCAUCACGGAGGAAUAGACACACGCACAUUCAGCGCACACACUCAGUGCACAAACGUGCACGAGAAAGAGAGCGAGAGAGAGAGAGAGAGAGAGAGUGAGUGGGUCACAUGCACUCUCUGCAGGAUCUCGCUACCGGUCCAUGAAUGCGCGCGUCCAUCCCGCCUCGUCCUUCUCCUAGCAGCCCCGGGACGGCGAUGACGGGAUACCGAGCGCCGUGAUCUCACAGAGGCGGCUCGAGCUCCCACCCCCCCGCCCCCCCCCCCCCCCCAACCAUGCGCGGCGGGGCCGGCGGAGAUCGCAGUGCAGAAUCAGCCGCAGGCGCACGCACAACGAAGACUGGAUUACUAUACAACAUUGAUGUUCUUUGCAGCCGCGCCGUCGCAAAGUGACACCAACGUGGGAUUCCAACUCAGUUUUUUUUUUUUUUUUUUUUUUUUUUGGGGGGGGGGGAGAGAGAGGGGGAAACACGGUGGAAAAUUAUCGCUGGUUUGUUUCUUCUCCUGCUGUGCAGUGUUUGAGAGUGAGCACCAUCGGAGGCUGAAUGGUUUCUCGGAGGGAAGAGGGGACUGUUGCAAUGUCAUCUCACGCCACUCUUUUGGAGCUCCGUGGAAGGGAGAUGCUGGGCUGAAGCGGUUCGGAAGAAUGUCCCUCAGCAGUAAAAGAAUCAAGAGGAGGAGCAGAAGGUGCGGCGGCGGCGGCGGUCACCACCACGCCGUGCUGUUUUCCUUCGCUCUAUCGGCGGCGGUGGUGGUGACCUUCUUCACCGAUCCAGUGGCGGCCCAAAAGCAGCGAGGAAGUGGCUCGGAAAAAGUCCCGGUGCUAAAUAUCGCCGUGAUUCUGGGCCGCACGCGUUACAUCUCCGACCGGGACAUCCGGGCGCUGUGGAGCAAGGAGGAACCCGUCGAUGUCAACGUGGUGUCGUUGCUCGUUAACGAGACGGACCCAAAGAGCAUCAUCACGAACAUGUGCGACCUGAUGUCCGGGACGAAGAUCCACGGUGUGGUUUUUGGGGAUGGCACGGACCAGGAGGCCAUUGCCCAGAUUUUGGAUUUUAUUUCCUCGCAGACGCUCAUCCCCAUCCUCGGCAUCCAUGGAGGCUCGUCUAUGAUCAUGGCGGAUAAGGACGUAAAGUCCACAUUCUUCCAGUUUGGUGCGUCCAUCCAGCAGGAGGCUCUGCUGAUGCUGAACAUCAUGGAGGAAUACGACUGGCACAUUUUCUCCAUCGUGACGUCAAAGUUCCCCGGCUACCAGGAGUUUAUCAACAUUCUGAAAACCACGGUAGACAACAGUUUUGUGGGCUGGGACCUGCAGAAUAUCAUCACUCUGGAUGCCGUGGAGGAAGACAGCAGGUCUCAGAUCAUGCUGAAGAAGGUCCAGUCACCGGUGGUGGUGCUCUACUGCUCCAAGGACGAGGCCGUCUACAUCCUGGAGGAGGCUCGAUCCCUGGGUCUCACCGGUUUCGGUUACAUCUGGAUCGUACCGUCUCUGACCACGGGCAACCCGGAAAUAACACCCGAAGAGUUCCCGUCAGGAAUGAUAUCGGUGUCGUAUGAUGACUGGGAUUAUCCGUUGGAAGCGCGUGUGCGCGACGGUCUGGGGAUCAUCACGUCGGCGGCCGCCGCCAUGUUGGAUGAGUACGGCGACAUCCCCGAAGCCAGGACGUCUUGUUACGGUCAGAUGGAAAAGACCAGCAAGCUGCCACCCAGUGCACUUCAUAAGUACAUGAUGAAUGUGACAUGGGAAGGCAGAGACUUGUCCUUCACAGAAGAUGGAUACCAAGAGCAUCCCAAGCUGGUGGUGAUUGUUCUCAACAAGGAGAGAGAGUGGGAGAAGAUGGGGAGGCUGGACAACGGCAGCCUGACACUGAAGUACCCAGUGUGGCCGCGAUUCAACUCUUUCGGCGACGCAGAGCUCGACGACAACCACCUGUCCAUCGUCACGUUAGAGGAGAAGCCGUUUGUCAUCGUGGAGGACGUGGAGAGACUGACCGGUACCUGCAUGAGGAACUCUGUGCCCUGCAGGAAACAUAUCAAAGACAACACGACUGAGGCUGGUGGGACAUACAUCAAAAAGUGCUGUAAAGGCUUCUGCAUUGACAUUUUGAAGAAGAUAGCCAAGUACGUCAAGUUCACCUAUGACCUGUACCUAGUAACCAAUGGCAAACACGGAAAGAAGAUAAACAAUGUCUGGAAUGGGAUGGUGGGAGAGGUGGUCUAUAAGAAAGCCGUCAUGGCCGUCGGAUCUCUGACGAUCAAUGAGGAGCGUUCUGAGGUCAUCGAUUUCUCCGUCCCGUUCGUGGAAACUGGUAUCAGCGUCAUGGUGUCCCGUAGUAACGGAACCGUGUCCCCGUCAGCCUUUCUCGAGCCAUUCAGUGCAUCAGUGUGGGUGAUGAUGUUUGUGAUGCUCCUACUGGUGACUGCAAUGGCUGUUUUCAUGUUCGAAUACAUCAGUCCUCUUGGCUUCAACAGAAACCUGGCACAAGGAAAAGACCCUCACGGUCCCUCCUUCACCAUGGGCAAGGCUGUUUGGCUGCUCUGGGGUCUGGUUUUCAACAACUCCGUCCCGGUCCAAAACCCAAAGGGAACCACCAGCAAGUUCAUCGUGUCCGUGUGGGCCUUCUUCGCCGUCAUCUUCCUGGCUUCCUACACUGCCAACCUGGCCGCUUUCAUGAUCCAGGAAGAGUUUGUUGACCAAGUCACUGGGCUUUCUGACAAUAAGUUUCAGAACCCGUACGCUUACUCGCCUCCGUUCCGCUUCGGCACCGUUCCAAAUGGAUCCACUGAAAGGAACAUCAGGAAGAACUACCCGUCCAUGCACCAGUACAUGGUCAAGUAUCACCAAACAGGAGUUCAGGAUGCACUUGUCAGCCUCAAAUCUGGUAAACUGGAUGCCUUCAUCUAUGAUGCGGCGGUCUUGAACUACAUGGCCGGCAGGGAUGAGGGAUGUAAGCUGGUGACCAUUGGCAGCGGGUACAUCUUUGCCACCACCGGCUACGGCAUCGCUCUGCAAAAAGGCUCCUACUGGAAGCGACAGGUGGACCUGGCCAUCCUAGCCAUCAUUGGAGAUGGUGAAAUGGAGGAAUUAGAGGCUCAGUGGUUGACGGGUAUUUGCCACAACGAGAAAAACGAAGUGAUGUCCAGCCAGCUGGACGUCGACAACAUGGCGGGGGUCUUCUACAUGCUGGCCACCGCCAUGGGACUCUCCCUCAUCACCUUUGUCUCUGAGCAUCUCUUCUACUGGAGGCUCAGAUACUGCUUCACCGGGGUCUGCUCGGGCCGGCCCGGUCUUCUCUUCACCAUCAGUCGGGGUAUCUGGAGUUGCAUCCACGGAGUCCACAUUGACAUGAAGAAAAAGACAGAUCUGGAUUUCAGUCCUCAAGACAAGAUGCUGAAACUCAUCAAGUCGGCCAAGCACAUGACAAACAUGUCCAACCUGGGUGGCUCCCACAUGAAUUCGCCCAAACGCGAAUUCAUGCACUCAGCCGGGCCCAUGAUCAUGGACAUGAUGGCGGAGAAGGGCAACUUCAUUUACGCCGACAACCGAAGCUACGCUCCCAAAGAUAUGAUGUACGGCGACACGGGCGACUUGCAGUCCUAUCUAGCUAACCGCCACAAGGACCAUCUGAAUAACUACAUCUUCCAGGGGGGCCAGCAUCCUCUGACUUUGAACGACGCCAACCCGAACUCGGUUGAAGUCGCGGUUAGCGCCGAUGCGGUGCAGACGAACGCGAAACCGACGAGAACCCUGUGGAAGAAGUCGAUAGACACGCUUCGUUCCGCGCCACCCGGACCCUCGCCCAUGCCUGACAUGCUAAUGCCGGAUCCACGAAUGUCAAUGAAGACACAACGCUACCUCCCGGAAGAUACGGCUCACUCGGAUAUCUCCGACUGUUCCAGCAGAGCCGCUUCGUACAAGGACCCGGAAAACAACAAACACCUGAAAGGAAAGGAUAACUUAAAAAAAAGACCUGUGACUACAAAAUACCCGAGAGACUGUAGCGAGGUUGAGCUGUCCUACUUAAAAACCAAACAGGUCAGCGGCGGAACCAACCAACUCGGUCGAGGAACCGGAGAGAAAAUCUACACCAUUGACUCGGAUCGAGAAAUGAGCUUGCACUCGGAUCCCAUCCACUACCGCGAGAGUCGCGGUCUCGCGGCCGACGAUUUGGAAUACCCGGAAAUCUACUCGGACCACAGCGAUAACUACCGAAAAUGUGAGCAGCCAAUUAUUCAUCUGAACUCAUCGCCGUUGCAUCACACGGAUUCGGAUCUUCUACCGGACCCGACUUAUGUGAAACACUACAAUCUGAAAGAGAAAAACCUGUCCCCGCACGAGUCCAUCGACCGCUACAAACAAACGCACUGCCGUUCCUGCUUGUCAAAAGUACCCGCUAGCUACCCUCCGACCGGGGCUUACACCCCGACGGGAUCUGCAUCGGCAUCGGCGACUACCCGCUCACCGUAUAAUCGAUGUGAAGCGUGUCUCCACACGGCAAACCUCUACGACAUUAGCGAGGACCAGCUCCUCGCGGACCCGUUAGUGAGCCCCACAAUGCUCCACCAGCAGCCGCAGCAACCAGACGACAUGUUCGGUCUCUACUGGCCUCAAACCGACGGUCCGCACGUCCAGAAGAGGAACCGCUUGAGGCUGAACCGUCAGCACUCCUUUGACAACAUAUUGCUCGAAAAACCCAAGGACUUGGACCUGGGUCGCCCGGCACGCAGCGUCAGCCUCAAGGAAAAAGACCGCUUUCUGGACUCUGCGUCUGAUUCGCAUUACGCAAACCUCUUCAACAUGCGUCCGUACUCCGGAAAACUCUUCGGCACCACGUCCAAAUCCAUGAUGUUUAACCACAACUUGGAAGAAAGCAAGAGGAGCAAGUCCCUGUAUCCGGCCCACGGCUCGGAAAACCCUUUCCUGAGCCACUCGCUCAGAGACGACACCAGCAGCAGACUGGUCCACGGGCGGAGCUCCUCCGAUAUUUACAAACAGCUAGUGGCGGCUUCGCCGGCGGCGAUCCUCGGAGCGGCACCCGUGAAAACGCGCAACGAUGCGAACAAUCUCCGAGGCUCCUCAGUGAAAUCCACCACAUCGUACUGCUCACGGGACGGGCGCUUAGCGAACGACAUGUACAAUAAGGAGCAUGUAAUGCCUUACUCUGCCAAUAAGACUUGUGCGUAUCCAGCCUCGCGCGGCGGCGGCGGCGGCGGCACCGGCGUAAACGUAAACUCCGCCCAAUUCAGCAAUAGACGAGUGUAUAAAAAAAUCCCGAGUCUGGAGUCGGACGUUUAGUCAUGUUUUCAGCUCUCUCUGGGUUUGUAUUUAUUCUCAUUUGUUAUCCACGAAGGGAUGCCAUAGCCACACUUUUCUUCUCUUGACAUCGAACCUUCGCCGUUUUGUUUGGUUUGAGACCGUCACCGCGGAUGAUGUCACAUCUCCGCUAUGGGACUCAUCACUUUAGGCUGCUUUAGAUAGUACUUUGUCAUUUUGUGUCUUGCCCGCACUCGAGAGAUUAGUUAUUGGCUCCUUCGGUUUUUUUUCGUAGGAGGCGCGCUUCCAGAAGAACAUCAGAAUGAAUGAAAAAAAAAACAUGGCGGAGGUUGGCAAGUCCAUCGUCUUCAUGCAUAUAUUCCCAGCCUUUUUGUGUCCCUGUGGUUGAACAGGCGGACCAGAUGGGCACAACGUAGGGCGACUUCUCCACGGGAGAUGACUUCCUGGUCAAAGAGUCUACUGCUUGUUAGGCCCACGUCGGAAAUGAAACAUGACAUGAAUGGUUACACGGAACCGCUUCCGUAAAGUGGCUUCGGAGUAAAUCGGAGAAGACACGGCAAGUAGGUAAUAAUGUUUACAGACUGAAAAAAAACUGAGGCAAAGUACUGCUUUUUUUUUUUUUUUAAUUCUAGAAACUUUAAGAUUUCUUCCUGAUUCCGACACCGGAAUCACACCUACGUAGGCUUUGAGUGUUUGCUUAAUAGUUAGCACAAUAGCCAUUAGUUUUUCAAACCUUUUUCCUACAAUCGCUUUAAAAAAAAAAAAAACAAAGACAAGGUUCUUUUUGCACGCGCGGAUCUUUUUCCUGUUGUAGAUUAGAUUAAAAAAAAAAAACAUAUUCUGAAGUAUAUUUUCCAUCUUUUUGAAAAAGAGGGAUGGACCUUUGUACAAUCGAAACGUUGACCUUAGUAAAUCAGUGAAGGUGGUGAACGGGAAGAGCCAAGAGUCGACUGGGAAAAUGGGGAAAAAUAACCAAACAUUUUCUUUUCUUUCUUCAACCACCUUGCCAAUGAUAAACAGGGUAUUCGUUCAUAAAAGAAAUGACAUGACACAUCACUGGGUGUAGCGUUGCAUCCCUAAUCUUGUUUUUUUUUUUUUGGUUUACAUACAGUAACGUACACUAUCCAAGCCAGGGGUGUCCAAAGUCUAACCCAGGAGCCUUUUGAGGCCCAGUGUUGUUUUUUAAUUGGCUCGCAGAACUUUCCAAACAUAAAAUAUAACACGAAAAUGGCAAAAAAAAUAAAAAGUGGAAAGAUCAGCAGUACUUUUUAAAUUUUUUGUUCUAACAAAAUCUAACAAAAAAAUGUAUGAAAAUUAGGUUGUGGUAAAAAUUCUAAUCAAUAAAAAAAAACAAUAAAGGGAAAACAUCAUGGGAAUAAAGAAAAUGGAAAAAAAAACACCUGCAUGACAAACAUCUAAUAAUGAGAAAUAACAUAAUAUUAUGAGGAAAAAUGUAACAAAAAAUAUUACAUAUAAGACAUUAUUUUGUCAUAUAAUAAUGUGAAGUCAUAAUAUGAAAAACACAAAAUGGUGAUCAAAAUUGUAAUUUUGGGGAAAAGUUCCAAUCUUACAAAAGUAAAACCACAAUAUGGGAAUUAUUAUAAUAGUCAUAAUUAUAAGAAAUGUGCUGUUAAAAAAUUAAAUUAAAUUAAUGAAUUAAAAAUGAAUGGAAAAACUGCUGUAAUUUUUUAGAAUUAAUAUAAUUAAGAAAACAAGGUGUAUUCUAAUGAGGAAAAAUUGUCACAAUUUUACUAAACAAUAUUAUGAGGAAAGGUGUCUUUUUCAAAUAUGACAAGUUGUUAUGUAAAAAAAACAAAACAAAAUAAAUGUGUGCUUUUAAGUUGGGGAAAAGCCCUAAAAAAUGUAAGAAAAUUACUUACUAUGACUUACUAUUUUUUCAAAAUUUUGGUUAUCCUUCACAAUCCUUAUGUGAAACAUGAACACAUAUUUGUUUCCCUUUUCUGUGCCUUAUAGCACGAGAAAACAAGUUUAUAUCAGCUUGUUAGCAACGGUCAUGGGAAAUAUCUAUUUUGACGCAAAAACCCUAAAAAUAAAAAAUAAAAAACUCCCAAAAAACACCAACAGUGUUCCAUUUACAGACCUGACUUGUACACUAACCAAGGUACAGCCAUAUUAUUAUUGCAGCAGCUGACAUGAAAACUUUUUUUUUUUCUCACGGACUAACACUACACCUGCUAGUUGCUCAAUGGAAGCAUGGAUACCUAGCUCGUCAUUUGGCUGCAAAGACUUUUUACCUGAGGACUGGAAGUCCUUGUGCUGGAAGAUACAGCCAUCUUGAGUGUUGUCAUUGCUGUUGUUGAAGGAACUAGCAUAAAUAUUUUUCUCUGUCGUGUUUUAAAUCAUCAAAAGUUAAUGCAAAAAAAGUUAACCUAGGGCUUCAUAGUCCAAACAGGUGUAUCCCAAUGAUAGCAUUGUAAGCUAGCUCCUAUUAACUCGUUUUCCUGUGAUGUCAUUCACAGAAAACGGAAAAUUUUCACAUCAGGAUUGUGAAUGAUGGGCAAAAUUCCCCCCAAAAACCGCAGUUCCCCUUUAAGACAAACAAUAUUUUUUCUUAAAAUCUAUGCUUUCACUACGUGGCCCUCUCCGGAAAAAGUUAGGACACCCCUGGCGUCACCUCGUAGUAGAAUCGCAACUACUCCUGAGCAUCCAUUCCUUUGCUUGCAUUGGGAUGCGAGCGAGGAAUCCGAGGAAGUCUUGUGUGUGCAUGGCAGCCCUUGGAUACGCUUGAAGACAAAAACAACAACAACAAAAAAACUUCCGCUUCUUAAUGCGUUUUUUUUUUCUUUUUUUCGUUUGUUUGUGUUAUUUUCCGAGGGAAAAAAAAAAUUGCACACGCACAUUCUUCCAUGUCUGCUUCAAAAUGUACAGUUUGGAAAAACAGAAGCAUCUUAUCUGUUGGACUGAUUGGAAUUUCACACGGACAAAUUGUAUCAAAAUGAAAUACCUCAGGAUGAUGAGUGUGCAUUUUUUUCGGCGGGGAAAGGGGGGGGGCUUCAACGUUAGCAUCACAAAAAGACACUAAAUAUUUUGUAGAAAAGAACUUUAAAAAAAAAAAAAAGCUGAAAAAAUGUUUCUAGCGGCAGCAAACAUAACCAAACCGAUUUUUUUUUUUUUUUUUUUUGACAUUUCAAGGUCUUCCAGUUGAGGAGGAAACGGGGGAGUGCAGUGUCACCCGUUACCAAAAUGUGCACUUCAAAAAAAUGGCGGAUUUUACGUAAAUGUCCAAAAAAAAAUUAUUUUUUUUUUUUCCGAUGAUGGCGUUUGACUCAACCAAUCACGGUCAUAUCAUUUUUUCAUACUCUUGGAAUAUUUCCCUCCAUUGCUUCAGCUUUCCCGACUGACUGAUAAGCAAUAUGUCCUUAUUUUUUUGCAUCUUAUCUGCAUAUUUAUUAAUAUUAUUAUUAUUAUUAUGACCAUAUAUAUCUCCACACACUGGUGUGAGCUGACGAGUGAACAAUAUUCACGUGUAUAAAAAAAAAAAAAAAAAGAUAUCAAAGCAGCACCCUGGCGUUUUAUCAUGGACUCAUGACAGUUUGUUCUGUUCUUUCUACUUUUGCAGAACUGUCAUGUAAACUGAUGCUGUUUUACACACGCGCACCCAAACGCACCCCUGUGAUGACAAACCCCCCUGCUCUUUUUUAAUGGCAAAAAAAUGUAUUUUAAUUCCAUUUAUCGAUAAAUAAUGAGGUGAUGGCAUGCAACCCCAGAUGUAACAAUGUUUUUAUGUUUCUGUUUGCUUUCAUUUUGUCAUGAUGUUAUUAUGAUCACUGAUGCGUUGUAAUCGGGUGUGAGUAUAUACAUAUUGGAGAGGGAAGGGGGUUAUUUACUGGGUGUUUCACACGCUGAAGAUGCUGCUGCUGUGUCGGGGGGUGGGGAGGGGGGUGUCCUGACUUCAUUGACACACAUUGGAUUCAUGCAGGGGUGUCCAAAGUGCGGCCCAUGGGAUCUUUUUUGGAUUUGGAUGGGUUUUUUUUUAAAUAAUUUUUUGAAAAAACAACAGAGAUUUAAUAAUUGGCAGUGAUUUUACUAAAACGAACGGAAAAUAUUUCAAGAAAAAGGUUGGAAUCAAACGAAGAUUAAAUUUUAAAAUGAUAAGAAAUUUUUUUGGAACAAAUUCACAGAAGAAGUUGUAAUUUUUGGAGAAUUAAAUUACAUAGAAAAAGUCGUCAAACAUCCAUUUUCUACCACUUAUCCUCACAAGAUUUGCGGCUUUAUGAUGGAGCCUAUCCCAGCUGACUUCAGGCGAGAGUCGGGGUCCACCCUGGACUGGGGUGGGGAGAGACAAAAUAGGAAAGCCAAAAAGUUACCACUUCCACACAAAAUAGGAGAACUCAUUCAUUCAUUCAUUUUCGACCGCUUAUCCUCACGAGGGUCGCGGGGGUGCUGGAGCCUAUCCCAGCUGUCUUCUUCGGGCGAGAGGCGGGGUACACCCUGGACUGGUGGCCAGCCAAUCACAGGGCACAUAUAGAC